AUGCACAAUUUAUCUGGAGGGUGGCGGUAGUGCGCUAAAUUAGUCCGCAUCCGCCGUUAAACAAGCAACUGAAGAAGAAGAAGAAGGAUUAUGGGUAUAGCAUGUGGGGUGGGUUGAGUUUCAUAAGGUUACCAAAGGCAACUGUGACAAUGGAGGUAGCUUCAGCCCCGGUUCGUGAUUCAGACGCUGGCGGUAACGCCGCGGCCUCCUCGCUCUGAUGCAGCGGAUCACCAGCCUUGCUGCAUGCCGGGAGCUCGGCGGCCUCGCCUCGUGCUUACCCGGGGUCUGCUCCUGGAAGAGGGACCCGUCCUGCAGCAGGCAGCCGACCGUGCACCGGCAGUGGGUGUGGGCGUGUGUUCUACCCGCGCGUCCUUUCACCGGGGUGCCCGGAGCACAAAGCCGGAGGCUGUGCAGGCGGAGGUUCGAGUUCGCCGGUCAGAAACACAGACUGUUUAGCUCAAAGCCUGGAGCCGACGGGCCGCCGGGGAGCUCCAGCGGUCAGCCCGCUGUCUCCGUAGUCGGCAUCCCGGACCCGAUCACAUGGAUCCGGUGCAAAUGUAUCAUGUAUCUCAUCGAUCUGUACUUUGAGUUAGACAUAAACUCUGCGGAGUUUGAAAGAGGAGUAAAGCAGGCUUUGGUCCAUGUCUCCAACCUGAUGUCCAGUGGCAGAUACCACAAGCUAGUGGGGAUUGUGUCCAAUGAGAUGAUAGAUUAUGUUCAGACGAGGUGCAGGUCUCUCACCGAUGCUCAGAGACGGCAGCUCGCUGUCGCAAUGGACGAUAUUAUAUUUAUUUCCCCAGAAGACGUGUCUGUGGUCUUUGAUCAAUAUGGUAGAAAGUUCUGCUUCAUUGUCAUGAGGUGUUGGCUCCUGUCGACAUGUGAAGGCCCUGAUGACCCAGAGGGCACAAAGAUCUUCAAAGUGGCCUCUAGUGAAGAUGGUGGCCCACAGAAGAAAAUAGUGACAGCAGUCUAUGAAUUCCAACGAGAGUUGACGACUGGAGCUUCUCCUGACUGGAGAGUCACGACUGUUUGGCACUGGCACUGGAAACUGGCCGAGUGAUUUGACUCCAUUUGAUGCCAUUUGUCAGUCAUCAGGACACAACAGGGAAGUAGUGAUCGGCUGAAUUUACUUGUCCAUAAAAGACAACUUUAAGCUGGACAUCUGCGAGCAGCAGAUUGAAGAACUGUAUUAGGAUCACAUGAAAGGGGACGCAGAGCCGUAAUACUGAAGCCAUACCGACAACGGAAGACCUCAGAACUUGAUAAAUGAACACACCUCACUAGUUGAAGUGUGUCCUCUGACCCACAGAUGCUUCAGAAGCCCCCCUCCAGGGAUUUUACACCACUAAUAAAUAUCUUGUGAGCAGACUGUUCCCCGAGGUCAUACUCCUAGACCUACUCUACAACUCCUCUGAAUCACCUGUGUCAGGUGUUUUUAGCCUAGAUAAAGUAUAUGAAUAGAGUGAUGAGGUCACUGGAGGAAGACUUUUAAAGUGUCUUGUUAAAAAUAGCUGUUGAGUGUGUUAUAAAAUAAACGCCUAAGAAAAAAAACCUCACUCCUGGUCCAUGAGCUUCUUCCAGAGCUUUUAAAUCACAUCUCACAGCCAUCCUCCGCAAAUGGGGUUUGCUUAGUUGUCAUGGUGAGGGCCAUACGAUGACAACUAAGGCAUCUCCAUGACAACUUAGAAAAGUCUAUUCACUGAGGAUGACCAUGGUUGUGUCCGAAAUUCCAUCACUAUUUCCGGUGAAAUAUUACAGUAUGCUAAAAACUGGAAAGUACGCCGGCAUAAAUAUCGCACAAUGAAUUAGUGAAGACAACGUU